GUCGUAUUUGCUGUAGUUGAGGUUGUGUUGGUAUGCUAUGGUGAUGGCACAAUCGUUAUACACCUCCGCGAUCAGGGACUGCAAAUUAGUGCAGGGUACUCCCUACACAGCUGUGCCUCCACGGAGCAGACUCCGACGUGGACCCUGGCCGGUCAAAGCGCUACCAAACUUGGCGAGGCAACAGGCUUUUGCUGACGAAUAUGCUCCAUCUAUACUAGCAUCUAAGCAAGACGAUGGUCCACUACUGGUUGUCAUUGGAGAACUCAGAGAUUUCGCUCCCGAAUGUGGUGGCGGGCGUCUGUGGAAAAUUGGCAGGGACUGAG